UAUAUAACAAAAAUGGCUGCGCCCAUGCGAAAAACUUUUCACAGAAAAUUUCACAGUUUAUUGAAGGAUAAAUCGCAAAUUUGGCAAACUGAUAGAGAUAAUUUUUCAAAGAUACAAAACAGAUCAUUUCAAACAAGAUCAAAAUUUUUUCCAAUCAGAAUAUCAUUAAAAGGUGGAAUAUUUGGCACUCUAACGGUUGCUGGAGCCGUCACCUUGGGUAACUUGGCACAGAAAAGUAUAAGGGUAUAUGCAGCUGUCAAUGAGAGACUUCAAUUGAAACCUUCAAGAGAAGUUAGAGUUCCAGAAGCAGACUAUGGGUUGAAGCUUACAAUGUAUCAAUUUACAAGCUGUCCAUUCUGUUGUAAACUGAGGUCAGUUCUGGAUUACUAUGGAUUUUCCUAUGACAUCAUUGAAGUUAACUCUGUGAAUAAAAAGCAGAUAAAAUGGUCAGAUUACAAGAAAGUACCAAUCCUUGUAUGUGAGGAUGUUGGAAAGAAUGGCUGUUUACAACUGAAUGAUUCCACUGUGAUAAUAAGUAUUCUACAAUCGUAUCUCCUAGACAGAUCACAGAGUCUGGAGAAGUUAGCCUCAUAUUACCCAGCACUGGAAGGACAAGACGAGAAAGGGAAGAAAACUGUUGAGUUUCAGAAUAAAUAUUUUCUCAUGUACCAGCAGGCUGAACUUACAGAUAACAGAACCAAAGAACAAUAUGAGGAGGAAAGGAAGUGGAGAAGAUGGACGGAUUCUGAUCUUGUGCACAUGUUGUCUCCUAAUGUGUACCGUACCCCCAGCGAAUCCUUAGAGACGUUCAGACAUUUUGACAAAGUUGGUGAAUGGGAGAAGAACUUCAGUAGUUGGGAGAGAACAGUUGUUAUCUAUGUAGGAGCAUCUGUUAUGUGGGUGAUGGGAAAAAUCAUCAAAAGAAAAUAUGGUCUGAAAGAUGAAGUACGAGACUCACUGUAUGACUCAUGUCGUUUAUGGACAAAAACAGUAGGGAAGAGGAAGUUAUUAGGAGGAGAUAAACCAAAUUUGGCUGACCUGUCUGUAUAUGGUGUGCUGACAUCUAUAGAAGGGUGCCAAGCUUUUGAAGAUACCCUUAACAACACUAAGAUUGGACCCUGGUUCUACAGAAUGAAAGAUGCUUGCAUAAAUCAUAAAGGAAGCAGUUCUUCUCAUCAUAGUUAAAAUUAGAAAUUGACUCUGAACUGAAGUCUUUCAUUAUAUAAUUAUGUCAUGAAAUCAUAUUUUGAUGUGUUUCUACCAGUUCUGCUGUAUACAGUCUCUUUAUUUGAUUGAAUACAAUACUCAGUAUUUUCGAACUUUUUAAACUACUGUGAAGACAAGUCAUUUUCUCCUAAAGAUACUCAUGAUAUAUAUUUUAAGUUUGAAUUUUCCGUUUCUCAAUUCACAAUCCUCAAGCCGCAGGCAGAAAAUAAUAUUCUAUCUAAAUUUAAAAAUUGUCAUAGUUUUACAAUUACAUGUAUUACCAUCUCCAUAUUGUAUGUGAUACUUGUCUUUUGAAAAAUCGGAAUAAAUUUUUAAAUUCAUUUACUUCACAAAUGGUUAAGUAAUACAAGCAUAUUGCUUGCAUAAUAUUGUAAUUAAAAAGUGCAAAAUGUGAUCGAAAGUUUGCUUUCUUAUUUAUUUUUGUAAAAUAGUCAUGAUACUUUUUUGCAAUUACCAAUUUGCGUUGUUGUUCUGUCUUGUAAUAGAAAACAAGGACUAAUGUUAACAAUUAAUAUGAGUCAGAAUAAUAUUUAAUUGAAUAAACAUUGAUUCAUUA